AUGUCUUCUCAGCGGCAGGACUUUGGCUACAGUCGAACUGUGAGCUAUGAGAACGGGAACCAUUUCAAGGUCAUCUUCCAACGAUGGGGAAGCGUCAACCACAAAGUGAUGCCAUUUUGUCUCGCCAACGUCAUGGUCGCGUUGAUCCUUGUCUAUUUGCUGGAACAUGGCAUUGACCUGACGACUUCCGAGUUUGGACACGAGUUUAUGAGCGUCUUGGUGUCCUUUCUCCUGUUGAACAAGCUGUCAUUCACGCUGGGACACAGCGAGGAACAAUACCGAAAGUGGCGUUUCGAUGUAGCACAGCAAGUUCUCACGUUGUUAAAAGUCACUGUCCUUGUCGUCUACAAAAAUGGACCUGGUAAAGUGUGGGAAAUACCAGAGCUCGCUGAUGAUGCACCGAUUCUUUCAAUGGGGGGAUCUUCGGCAUAUGGUGAUGUGAGUGCUGGGAUUUUUUCCCAAGAAGCAAACCUAAGGAAAAUCCGCAUUGGGCCUUUGAGACGAAAAAAGGCCCCCGAGGAGGUGUAUGUUUUUGGCCACGAUCUGCAGUCCGACAGGAAUUUGAGAACUCCAAUCUGUGUUGCUCAAAGAGUGCGGGAAGCCAUCGUGGCGCAUCGUUCACUACCGGGUGAUCCGAUAGAUACGAUUCGGGAGCAAAUGCUGCUCAACUGUGUCAAAGAGUUUAUGGACAGUUACUAUGGAGUCCGAAAGUAUCUGACCUGUCCGCUGCCACUGCCUCUGGUUCAGCUGGGGCGGGUCUUCGUCCUCUUUUACAUCUUCACAAUGCCAGCUGCAUUGCUCAGUCCGUCACUGAACCUAAAAUACAUCCAAAUGGUGGUGCUCAUCUUUCUCAUGACUUAUGGGUUCGUGGGGAUUGAGCUGCUCUUUGUCGAGCUUGAUGAUCCAUUUAGGGAGGACCCAAAUGAUUUGCCGCUGACAGAGGAGGCCAGAGCAGCUGGAGAGGAUGUCGUCCUUGCACUCUGGCAUGCCGAUGGAAAGGAGGUGGCUGAACGGCUGCGGGAUAAGUUUCUCGGUCAAAGGGCUCUGCAAGGCAACACCAGCUCUAAGGAAACAGAUCCCCUAGUUAGAGAAUAG